AUGGCGGUUGUCAGCAUCACAACCAACACAGAGCCCAAGGCGACAUCGCCCGUUGAGCCUUGGAGAGCCGCUCUAGAUGAGGUAAUUGCCAUCCAGGAGAGUUGGGGAGACCAACAAGAAUCGGAAUAUGCUUCAAUCAUUCUCAAAAUGCUUCUCACUUUUCCUGAAAAGGGUUACUUGGCAACACUUGAAGCUUCACUCCGCAUAGGAGCAGAUUACUGGGCCAAGUAUCUACCUUCCAGUGUUGAUCCUCUCAACAAGCCUUAUAGGUUGGCAGAUAAAGGCUGGCGCAUGUAUCUUUAUGGCUUUUACGAGACAUUUCUUGAACAAGCUUGGCUAUUGCGUUAUGACGACCCUCGGCAAGACUGCUUAGUGCACCUCUUGAUGGACUUGCAAAAUCUGCCCAAGGUUACAUACCGGGACUAUGGUAAAGAGUGGAUUGCAUAUCACAAUGAUUCAGUUUGGGGGGAAUUGACGGAAGAUAAGUGGAAUGCAAAGUUUGCAUCCGAUCAAGCUGAACCGACGGAACCCGAGGCAAAGAAGGACUUCAUUCUCACUUGUGAUGAGUGGGUCAACUACUCCUGCUUCUUGGCUCGGUUUUCUGGCUCUGGAGCCCACAUCGCGUAUGAAGGUCAAACGAAAUGGCCGAGCAUCGAUGUUGAGCUGGCACUUGAAAAGCCCAUUCCUACUGGAAAGCUCGGUCAAUGUAGAUUGUUGGUGGCGUCGAAUUGGUUGAUUCAUGCUGGCAAGUUCAUCUACGAGGAUAUGAAGAAGACGGGCGCGGAGAGGUGGGGCCUAGGCAGAUGGGGUCGAUGGACGGAGGCAAUUCGAGGUAUCCUAAAGGCUGGAGGGCAGACUGACGAAGUGACCGCGAGACUCCAAGCGGCCUUGGACACGAUCGUCUCGUUGACGCCAGAUGCCAGUGAGGUUAAGGAGAGCACUGGAGCCGAGGAAAGCAGUGAGGGCGGUGAGGUGAAGGAGAGCAUUGAGGUAAAGGAGAGCGGUGAAUCAAAGAAUGGUGAUCAGGUGAAGGAGGCCGAUCAGAUAUUCCAGGUUUUUUCCAAGCGCACAAAGAUGUAA